CCCACGCGGACCGCAUACGCCUCGUCCGUCGGUCCUUGCAAGUGAGAGGAUCAUGGCGGCCGUGACCAAAUACGUGUCCAACUUCCUGUCCCGCGGCGGCGCGCUUGCUCCUCUGGGUGUGGUCACGCAAGUGCGGCACGGUGGCGGGGGGCCCAUCCUGCCGCCCCACAAAGGCAGGGCACACCCUGCGGACGCACCCUCAUGGGCACGUAAGUAGACCACAGACAGACAACCAACACACACUAGCCGACCACGCAAUGCAUGGUGUGUAGUGAUGUAAGCCGAUGUGAUGUGAUGUGUGCACUCACUGUGCAGAGACGGCGGGAGCGCCAAUCCGGCAGGGCCUCAAGAAUUAUUAUAUUUAUAACGAGCUCAAGGACGUCGCCGAGGCUCUGCCCAAGGAGGUGCCUUUCGCGCACAAGGUGCUGAUCGUGGGUGGGGGAUGCGGCGGCAUGGCUGUGGCGAGAAACCUGGCGCGCAAGUUUGGCGAGGGCCGUAUUGCCAUCAUCGAUCCGGCGGAGCAUCACUACUACCAGCCGGCGUGGACGCUGGUGGGCGCGGGGCAGUACAACAUGGCCGACACUCGCUACAAGAUCAGCCACAUGGUCCCCAAGAAAAUCAAACUCUACAAAGCAGGUCGGUCCCUAAGGGAGGGAGGGAGGCUCGCACAUCCACACAUGUGCAUCGAUGCACUGCACCCAGCCACCCAGCCACGAACAUGCAAUCAAUGCAUGCUGACACAUCCCUCCCCUGUCUUGUGUGGCGUGGCAUGGCAUGGCAUGGUCGAUGUAUCUGUGUGUCUGUCAGCUGUGACGGAGUUUGUUCCGGAUGAGAACCACGUGUUGACUGACAAGUUCGGCAAGAUCAAGUACGACUUCCUGGUCGUGGCCACGGGCAUCAAGAUCGACUGGGACGAAGUCAAGGGACUCAAGGAGGCCAUGGGCAGGGUACUCACAGACGCACACCAACACACACCAACACACACACACACACAGGCAGCCGAAAGCCAUGUGUAGACGUGUGUGUGUACGUUUUUUGUUUGUUUGUGUGUGUGACAGGACGGUGUGACGACCAACUAUUCGCCUAAUUUCUGCGAGUUGACGCACAAGAUGAUCCGUGGCGUGAAGAAGGGCACGGCCAUCUUCACGAUGCCGCCCGCAAACCGCAUCAAGUGCCCCGGAGCUCCACAGAAGAUCAUGUACCUUGCCGAAGAAAUCUGGAGAACUGAGAUGGGCGUCAGGGACAACGUGAGCUGAGCGAGCCACAUGGAUGCAUAGAUGGAUGGACACACUGCACUGCACUGCACGACGCCAUAAAAUGGCCGUCGAGCGAUUCUUUCGUCUGCACAUGGGUCGGUGUGUCCUACAGGUCAACAUAAAGUUCAUCACGGCCAAUCCUGGGCAGUUUGCGGUGAAGAAGUACGCCGACUCCCUCAACAAAAUCUGCGACGAACGGGGACUGGGUGAGGGAGGGUGGGGGAGGGGGAGGGAGGGAGGGAGGGAGGGAGGGAGGGACCGACACAGACCUUCACGUGCGCGCGUGUGUGUGUGUGUGUGUGCAUGUCCUGUGACGAUACACGGUGACAGAGCGUACGUACAAGUCUAACCUGAUAGCGAUCGACCCCGACAAGCGUGAGGCGACCUUCAAGCGCGUUGGGGAGGGCAGCGACGGCUCCACCUUCACGGAGAGAUACUCAUUCAUACACGGUAGGUACGGUGAGAGAGACAUACACCCACCCUUAUACAUACCUACAUAACCGACCAUCAAUCCAUCGCCCGGUGACCAAACUGUGGUGUCUGUCGCGUACGGCCCUCAGUAUCACCUCCAAUGAGCCCGCCCGACGUCGUCAAAAAGUCGCCCCUCGCGAACGAAGCCGGAUUCGUAAGCUUACCCAUCGACACACAGUCUGACGCGCUGCAUGGGUGGGUGGGUCUUUGUCUGCCCACGUCUGCGUGUCUGCUCUGUGCGUGUGUGUGUGUGUGUGUGUGUCAGGUCGACGUCCACCCGACCACGAUGAUCCACACCAAGUACGCCAAUGUCUUUGGCAUCGGCGACUGCACUUCAGUCCCGACAUCAAAGACAGCCGCGGCUGCGGUGAGAGUGAGAGAAGGAGGAGAGACGACAGACACGAGUAUGCGUGAUUUGGUUGGUUCCUGCAGGCCGUGGAGGCGUAUGCUGUGUGCGAGAAUGUCUUUGGCGCGUCGACGGCACACACGCUGCACGGUAGGGAGCAGGACAAGGAAAGGCACCCCAAAUUGGAUUUAUCAUCGCACAAUUGACUGGAUCGCCUUUGGGGCGAUUUGUGUGUGUCUGGUCGUCCCUCCCUCUGUCCAUCCAUCGAUCAGGUCACUAUGACGGCUAUGCGUCGUGUCCUUUGGUGGUAUCCAAGAACCAGUGUAUCAUGGCCGAGUUCAACGCGUUCACGGGCGAACCCUGGGAAACAUUCCCCAUCGACCAGGUGAGCAACACACUCACCCAAACACACACACAAUCACACGCACCGAGACGAUCGUGGACUGGAUGGAUGGAUGGAUUUGUGUAUGCGUGUGUGCAGGGUAAGCCGUCUUACCUGAUGCAUUUCAUGAAGAAGUACGUGCUGCCCGUCAUCUACUGGGAGGCCAUGAUGAGGGGCAUCUGGCACGGCCCGGGCCUCUUCAGGGAGGCCUUCGCCUGGCUGCCGCCAUUCCUCACCGCCAAGAAGGUCCAAUGGGUCAUGAAGGACAGCCAGGAGAGAGCCAGAGAGCAAGCUCCAGCUGCGGCAUCCGCAUGAUGGGUGGAGGAACAAAUGAACACAGAGGGAGGGAUGAGAGGGGGAAAGGGAUGAGACAUCCAUCCAUCCAUCCACCCAAAAUGCGUGAGUCUUGACAAGGGCGAGAAUGGCGGGUUGGUGCUAGUUGUCCACUGACUCAGCGAGGGGAGGGAGGGAGGGAGGGAGGGAGGAGGGAUCUCUGUGAUGACCGUGUGGCUGUCUCUAAUUUGGACGUAGUAUCUGCCUGCCGUGUGUCAAGGGCCGGCCGACAUGGCUUCUUGGCGACGCGUGGCUGCCUUCCGUCAUGCCUGCCAUGCUGCCUUUGCCUCAGGCAGGCAGUCGACAGACAGACAGACACGCACGCAUUUUUUCGCUGUCAACUGUUUCGUCCAUAGAUGCACCGUUGCGUGCGUCAGCCAGUCCACGGCGUGCAUGUGCGUGUUGCAGUGCAGUCAGUGGCGGUUGUGACAUGGACUCGAUGCAUGUGAUAUUAUCGUCUUCAACCAACCGGCGCU